UUAAGCUUCUCUGUUUCGGACAAAUCAGCUUGUCAAGAACCCUCAACUUCACAGUUUCAUUCCACAACGAUGGCCUCUCAUCACCACAACCACCACCACACCGCAACCACUACAUCUAUCGGCUGUUGCUGCAGCAACUGUUGUAGCCACCACUCUGCUCCACCAACACCUCCUUCCACAGACCUUCUUCUCCAAACCAUUCUCUCUCACCUCCUCCAACAACGACAACAACAGAAGUCACCUCAAGAAUCUCAUUAUCAGCACAUGACCCAUAACCAAACUCACCAAAACCAUCACUUUCAUAAUCAAAAUCAAAGCUUUCACCAUCAAGAACAAUACCCACAAGCGAAACUUGUACUCUCUUCUCUUAUUAGCCGUAUUGACGCGCUUGAAACUUCCCUGCAAAACUUCUCGUUAUCUUCUGCUACAUACAAUCGGUACUCUUCUUUUUCUUCAUGUUCUCUUAGAGAUGCGGCGGCGCGUGUGAUCCAGACCCAUUUCCGAGUUUUUCUUGUGCGUAGAUCCAGAACCCUUAGACAGCUCAAAGAGCUUGCUUUGAUCAAAUCUAGCUUCAACUCUCUCCAGUUAUCAGUUUCCAAGAAAAACCAUUUGGAUUUUCUUCUCGUUUCUCGUAGAGCAAUGGACUUGCUUCGCAAACUUGACUCUAUUCAGGGUGAUGAUCCCAUGAUCAGAGAUCGAAAGAGGUCAAUUAGCAGGGAUUUGGAUAAGUUUUUGGAAUUUGUUGAUGCGUUCGCAGUAAGGAAUGAGAUAUCAUGUAGAGGUUCAAAGAAUGUGAAAUUAGUGAGGAAUGAUACUGUAAAGUCAAGGUUUUUGAGGUCUAAUGGUGGAGAUUUUAGUAAGGAUCAGGUUAACAUAAUGAAAAAAUUGGGGGACCGAGCGGAAAUGACUCCUGGGUAUUCUAGGGUUUAUAAAACUGAAGAUGAAGAUGUGGAGCUUGAAGGGUUUCACCAAUUCAUUGAUGAGGAGAAGCAAGAAAACCAUAGGGUUUACGGAAAUAAAAAUGGGGUUUUGGUGAAAAAGCAUGUGGUGUCUCAGCCAAAAGUGAAGAAAAGUGUGAGCUUUGCAGAGAAUGGAAAUGUCUAUAGGAUUUUCAGCAAUGGCAAUACUCAUGAGCCAAAUCCAAGUCGGGAUGGUACUUCAACUGAUGAGAGUGUUUCUAGUGAUGACAAUGGAACAAUUUUGGAGAAUAUUUGCCCUGAAGUUGAAGGUAAGGGUUUAUAUGAAGUGACUGAAGAUGGGGUGGAAGUGUACUUGGAAAAUGGAGGAUCAUUGCAGAGCAGUGAUGAGGAAAGAAACCCUAGAAGGAGUUUGAGAAGUGAAGACACAGAUGAGAUCGUUGGUGAUUGCAUAGGUCAGGAUGGACACUUUGUGUUCUCUGCACCAUUGCCUGUGAAGAUGGAAUCUAGAGCUGACUUGAUGAAGAGAAAAGCUGUGAAAAUUGUCACAAAAUAGUUCCAUUUUUGUGCUGUUGAGCGGUUAUUCUGAUCCAUUUCCACUUUGUGACUCUAAUUGUUAGUUUAGAAUGGUGAGAAGAAGUCCUAGAUUGAAUGAGGUGUAGUGUGGCUUUAUUUCUCUUGUGGGAUUUGUUUGUAGCCUUCCACAUAAUUCUUGUAUUUUUUUGGGCCUUUUUUUAAUUAAAUUGAUUUCUCCAUA